AUGUCUAGUUCAGCUGAGCAGAAAACAACCUCAUAUUGGAGUACUCUUCAAAAGGGUACUCUCACGGAAGCAUCGUUCGAGUACGGCCUCAAACGUCCCACCGACCUGGACUAUCAGCUUCCCGAAGACUCCGACUUCUUACGCGGAGUCACAUUCAACGGCCCUAAUGGCCCUUACAAGUGCAGCCGCCAAGUCUCUCGUCUUCGCUCAAAAGCUGUGUACUCUUUGAAGUGCUCUUCGGACAUAUCUACCGAGGAGUUCUAUCCGGCAAAUGAUCGAGAUGCUCGCUAUAUUCAUAUGGGAUGGCCAGCUCCCAGUGAGUUGCCAACCGGCCCUAUGGAUGCAAUGUACCGAGGUCCGAAGUCUCCCCCCACUGCGGACAAUUUGGUCUGCAGAAGAAUGGUCAUUCAUCGUUGGACUAUAAGCCUUCUUGCAGAGGAUUUGGAACCGGUUGAUGAAUUCACCAAAGCGGUAGAAAAGGCGCUUAAAGAGUCGAACGCGAUCGACCAGCAUGAAGCUCUCCGUGACAUUUGUGCGGCCUGGGGUGAAAUGAUACCGCUGUGCGCGGUGAUUGGCGCUUCGAUGGCGGCUACUGGCACACUCGGUUCCAAGCAGACCCUUACGGGUGAUUCAGCGACGUUCCGUCCGUCUGAUCGUGGACCGGACAUAAUGCAGAUGAUAGAUGCGAAUUUAGACAUUACCGGAAAUUUCGAAAGGAGAUUCGAAUCACGCAUUCAGGGCGGAUCCCCCGAGAUAUUCAGCAAAUCAGGCUUUAAUCCUUGGUUGACCAACUUGGCAGAUUUUGAUAAUUGCUGGACCUGGGAGGUUGUCAAAGUUAACCGAGGAGUGCCAAUCAUUGACAUACUACCAAGCAAACUCCGGGACCAGUGCGCCCGUCUGCUUUCACAACCAAACGCAAUCUGGCGCACUCCUGCCAUUGGUGCAGCUGACCCCCUCACAUUCAAUGGUGCUUCUUUGGGUGUGAAGGAUAUAAAGCAGAUCGACAUCUGGUACAAUACGGCACUUGUUCAAGAUAUCUCAUUUGUUUACACUGAUGGGGCAGUGUCCGGCCCGUACGGCUUCGGAAAGACCAACAAAAUCUCUGAUAGCUUUGUGCUUGCCCGAGGCGAGUUCAUCACGGAUGUUUUUAUCUGGCCUUACGGUGCCUCAAUCCCGGCCAUACAGUUUGUCAAGAACACUACUCAGAUUUCUCCACGUUACGGUGCUAGUUCAGGCUGGGGUGAGCCAAUUAUCUCCACCGCGGGUGGUAGCGCCUUGUUGGGGCUGUCCGGAAGUUUCAAUACAGCUCAGCUGCAGCAGCUCCAGGAAAGUGGUGCGGUUUGGCGUAGCGAUGUCAAAAGCGACGAUUAUAGAGCUAUUGCUACCUCGAGCGUCGGGUAUGGUAACGGAACGAUGUUCAACGACUACCGGUUUUUGGGUCACCCACCAACGUCGCGCAUCAGCGCAAUUGAGUUUAGAAACACUCUUCAGGCGAUCGCACGGUUCCAGGCAAGUGGGGACUCUACGCGCAAUGGUACUCCGAUCAAAGAGACUACGCCAAUGCGUGGCACGGAUGCCGGCAAUACAGACACAUGGAACUUGGAAGAAGAUGAAUUCAUUACGCAGGUUUCCGGUAGAUACAACGGAACGGCUAUAUAUCGACUUGAGUUCACGACAAGCAAAGGCAUCACCAAGAGGAUGGGACAGGAAUUCGGGGAAUGGUUCACAGUCCUACCGCCGAAAAAAGGGAUGGUACUGUAUUAUAUAUGCGGAAAAACUGUCGGGUACAUUCAGACGUUGACUUUCGUGUGGGGAGCACCACCACUCAAAGAUACGGACUAG